CACCUUAUAAUUGACUUGUCAGCCCCUCAUAAUUCCCGCGUGCCAAGUCUCAAUAGCCUUAUUCACAGCUCAGACUUCUCCCUCCACUAUGCCACAAUUGACCACGCCAUUUCUUUCCUCAGAAUUGCAGGUCCGGGUGCCUGGCUCGCUAAGGCUGACAUCUCCAGUGCCUUUAAAGAUAUGCCUCUUGACCCAAACUUCUGGCACCUCUUUGGAGUUCAUUGGUGGAACAAGUUCUUCGCAGUCCGCCUUACCUUCGGAUGUAGCAGUAGCCCAAAAGUGUCCGGUACCUUAGCCGAAGCUCUCUGCUGGAUCCCCUUGAAUAACUAUUAGCUUCCUUUUCUCAUCCACCUUCUCGACGAUUUCCUUACCAUAGACUUUCCUCACACCUCACCUGCAAGAGCCUCCUCCACACUUAUUUCCGUUUUUAGGAAACUAAGGGUACCUCUUUCCACGGACAAAACAACUGGCCCCUCUCGUAUAAUCCAAUUCCUCGGGAUCACCCUCAAUUCCAUCAAUUUCUCCGCCUCCCUGCCUCGCAACAAGAUUGACAGGAUCCAGAUGUACAGUGCCUUGCGAAAGACGGUCUACCUUCUCAACCUCGCCUCUUCCGUGCCCUCUCUUUACCACCACGUAAGCCUUUCAGCCGACUGCAAAUCCGAGCCCAGGCUCUGGCAGCUUCUCUUGGCCAACUGGAAUGGCAUAUCUCUCUUCUACAAUGACCUCCUCUCUGACACCGAGGAUAUCCAGCUUUUCACAGACGCAGCCCCCUCAGUCGGUUUCGGAGGCUAUUACAAAGGCCAAUGGUUUGCGGCCCCUUGGCCUCCUGAAUUCUCUUCAAUCCCUCUCGCCAACCGGUCAUCGGCCUUGUGCUCCGAAAUUACUGCUGCUUCCACAUCCUUCGAUCCUUCUUCUCAACCCUGCUUAUCUGACAUCUCCAUCUUAUCUUCCGAUACACUGACCUUCUAUCUCAAGAAAAGCAAAACCGACCAACUCAGAUCCGGCACUCUCAUCUAUUAUUUCAAACUCAGUUCCUACAUAAGCCCUUACGAGCCUCUAUCCCAUUACGCACAUCUUUGCACCUCUGCCGGAUCUUUGCUUACUGCCCCUCUGUUCGUAAACGAGAAGGGCCGUAUCGUGAUACCCUCCUGA